UGGACCAAUGAGAGCAGAGCGGACAGUGACUGAAUGUUUCUGGUGCACGCGAGGGACGUCAGUGUGUUUGUGUGAAUCCGCGGUUGACCGACGUCUCGCCGUGUGAUUCCGCUCAAACAGGUGAGUGUGUACGAACCGUACGUUGUGUGUUUGUAACCUCACAGCCUCACCCAGCUUGUCGUGAAGUGGUCUGAAGCGGACUGUAACGUUGCGGUUCCGAGUGUCUUCAGCUGUGUCUCCGCUGGCAGCAGCAGGUCGUCUGACAGCUGCUCACUCAACACUCACAUUUACACAGUCACCAUGAGGCUGAUAUCCUGCAGUGCUACAGGAGCUUCACUCAGCAGCUUAACCCUGGCUUUUCUCUUGUUGCUGCCCUGCCAUCACGUUGCCAGUAUUCUUGGCCAGAAGUCUGACUCUGCCCUGACUGUGGUGGAGGAUGCAGAAGGAGGAGAAGGAGCAGGUGCUGAUGAAGAAGAGGAGGUGAUGGUGGAUUUAAAGGUGGUCAAACCUACUGCACAGUGGCAAACACUCAAACCAGAGGAGGCAGUGCCGGCAGGUUCCCAUGUGAGGCUGAAUCUGCAGACAGGUCAGAGAGAGGUCAGACUGGGAGAAGAGCAGCUCAAAUACUGGACACAGGAGCACAGGGAGAGAGAAGCAACGCAGCCCACCUUCAGUCCUGAUGAACUGAAGCAGGCCAUGAAGAAGAUAAAGGAGGACCUGAACCCAGACUCUGUGGCCUCUAAGUAUCGCCCCCUAGAGGAGUUAAAGAGAGACAUGGCUCAGCUGGACCUGCUAAUAGAGACGGAUGUUCAGAUAAUGAGGCGUCUGCUUGACCAAUUCAACAGCAGCAACUCGACUACAGAGCAGAGACUGAACAUCCUGCACGAGCUGGAGUAUCUGGUGCACCAGGUGGAUAAUGCUCAGACUCUGUGCUCGAUGGGGGGUCUCCAGUUGAUCCUAGGGGGUCUGAACAGCUCUGACGUCAGAUUACAGGAAAGCUCUGCCUUUGUCCUGGGGUCUGCUUUGUCCAGUAACCCAGAGGUUCAGGUGAAAGCUGUGGAGAGUGGAGCUCUGCAGAUGCUGUUAACUGCACUGGUCACUGCACAGCCACUCCAAGUCAAAAAGAAGGUCCUGUUUGCAGUGGCCUCGCUCUUACGUCACUUCCCCUACGCACAGCGUAACUUCCUGUCACAUGGGGGACUCCAGGUCCUAUCAGAGUUGUUCAGGGCAGAUGGAGGCGGAGUCCUGCGAACACGCGUUGUCACCAUGUUAUAUGACAUGAUCAGCGAGAAGGAGCUGAUCUCUCAGACUGGUCUGGACCCGGUCCUGGAUGCCUCCCAUGAGGAGCGUGUGCGUCAGUACUCCAAGGUGUCCCUGGAGGGGGGGCUGCUGGAGAAUGGCUGGUGCAGUCUGGUCCCACAGCUGCUGGAGUCCACUGAACAUGACUACAGAGAGAAGGCUCUGCGGGCUUUGUUAGCGAUGGCUCCGACGUGCUUGAAUCAGUACCGCUCAGACAGCGCUCUGCUGGGCUCUCUGCUCUCUCUCCGAGACCAGUACCAGGAAAUGGUCCAGUCAGAAAUGAUUCUAGGGGAGGAGAACAGCUACUUUGCAGAGAUUGUAGAUCUUAUAGAUGCUCUACAAGUGAAAAUGAAAUGACCAGACGAUUGUGCAGAGUGACGUUUUAUAUGAACCGACAGUGAAGAGUGUGCUGACUGAUGGUCUGCAUGACCAACCACAGAAAACAAACUCCUCAGGACAAGAGUCAGCUGCAUGCAAUACAAGGAUGAGGGACAGUCCUUUGAGGACACAGAUGUUGGGCUGACCCUGUAGAUGAUGGAUCCAGAGGUUAGUCAGAAUGUAUCUGACAACACAGGAAAGGUAUGCACAUGUACUUCUGUGUAAGGACGGCUCCAUCCCAUUAAGUGUCCUUGUAGGCCAUGUCAAGCAGUGAGCAAGCACAAUACCACAGCCCUGGAAGAGGCUCAACUUAAUGGAAUGCAACCAUCAUUAAUGUCAUUAAUUCCAACUUUGCUUUUCCUGCUUUGACAUGUCAGAAUAUCUGCUGUGAAAAAUGAUGGCUCUAUUGUAAAGCAUUUUUUACUUUGUUUUGAUAAUUUAAAAAUAAAUUGAAAGUAAAAUA